AUAAUAGUUGUUUAAUUAAAAAAGAGAGAGAUCAAGUGUUGUUAAAAUAGCGCACUGAAAUAAGGACUCAAGCUGUAAAGGUUCGUGAUCAUAUAAAGUUUAGUUUUACGAGCUGGCUACGUAAUGCAGGGAAGAUCGAUGUGUAUGAGCUCAUCGGUGUUUGCAAGGUCGCCAUGUGCGAACAUAUGUUUUGGUUGUUACUUGUCCCGAAUAACUGUACUUCGCAAGGAUGAGGUGCCUGGCAUUGCAACUGAAUGAAUGGAUUUACUGCUCAUAAGUUCGCCCGUUCAUCGUUGGCGAAGACGGUCAUGAUAUCCAAUGCAACCAGCCAGACCUACACCAUGCGCAACAUUUCCCUCCCGGGAUUUUUCGGAGACACAACAUGUGAUGUUUGGAAACAACCGCAACACGUGUUGUUUCAGCUGGCUAACACCUGCUUCUGCGUGUCCUAUCUGGCGCCCAAUGGUCGUUACGGGAUAUUGUUUUUACACGCCCUUCUCAUUUUAGGCUUUCUGCUCAAUUCCACAUGGGCUUGGAACGUUAUAUGUGCUCCAGACAUGUUCUCUUGGAGCUUCAGUUUCAUGAUACUCAACAUGGCACAAACCAUGUUCCUUCUCUACACCAUGAGGCAGGUCAAGUUUCCAAGGGAAUUGGAAGAUAUAUAUGUCCUCAUGUUCCAGCCUCUGCAAGUACCACGACUGCUGUUCAAAAAAUUGGUGAGCUUGGAGUAUGCCCAAAUAUGUAACCUUCAUGCUGGCGAAGCUUAUGCCAUGCAAAACUUGACAAAGACUGAUCGCUUGGGACUCUUGAUUGCUGGAAAGGUCAGUGUACUGACAGAUCAUCAUUUUUUACACUAUAUACAUCCCCGUGAGUUCUUGGAUUCACCUGAAUUUGAGUCUACCCGGUCUGGCGUUGAUGACAAAUUUAAGGUGUCAAUCCUGGCUGUGACUCCUUGCCGAUACCUGUUCUGGCAACGUUCCAACCUGGAGUACUUGCUCAUCAAGGAACCUCAGCUGGCUACUGUGGUGUCGCUGCUCAUCGCUAGGGACAUCACCUCCAAACUGUAUGCUAUGAAUGAAAAGAUUGUUACGGAGAAGGGUUCACAUUUAGAUAUUCGCCUUCCGAGUGUGACUGGUUCAAUGACUUAUCGGGGACAACUAUCGUCAUCAAGUCAAGCAAACUCUAUCACCUGUUCUUUGAAUGCUUACAAGUACAAUGAAGUAUACACCAGUCAACAGACACUUGUGCGAGAAACGAAGAAAAGACUGAGAAGAUCACGCAAAUGGAAAGCAUCCUCUGAAUAAGAGUGACAUUCCUGAUGUCCAUACUUGGUCGAGAAAGAUGUUAUGCUUACUAGGUUGAAGACGUGGUAAAAGAAAAAAAACUAAGAAAAUGUUCUCUGUGAUUUUUUUAAUUUUGCCCUUGUGGUACACAUUCAAGUACAUAAUUCAAGUACAUGUAGUAGUAUAUAGCCAAAUCUGCUCGCCAAAAAUUUUACUGUUGAACAACAAUGGCUAUCGUCUGCUCUGUGAUGGUUCUGACAUUGAGUUUUGUUCUAGUCAUUUUGCUGGUCUUUUACGAUCGGAUUUUGUGAGAAAUAAAAAUGGUGAUAAAGAUUUU